AUUGACAGCCAGUUGUUCUAGUAGGACAUCUGCCAAAGAACGCCAGUUGAGCAUUCUAAAGGUCAACCAGCUGCUUUUAGUGUGUUGCGCUAAUUUUUUACAUAGCCGGCACGCAAAAAUGGUUGGCGGUUAUCGAUACACCUUGUUCGCACUGGUUAUGGUCACCCUCUUGUGCGGAAUGUCCUGCUUGACCUUUGGAAACACCCAGAGUGGAGCAGCAGCGUCGCCUUUCCACUUGGCCGCCAUCCCUAACGGUAACCAGCUGCUGAGCCGAGUAAAACGUGACAGUGGAGAGGGCGGAUAUUUUCGUACAGUGUACUACCCCAGCUAUGGAUAUAAUAAUUAUUAUAAUUUCCAGCCUUUACUGACGGCGAUGCUCUUGAGAAACUUACUUGAUCCGGGGACUCCACCAACCACACCUACUACCACUACGCCCACCACCACAACGAAAAAGUAAUCAGCAAAAAUGUUUUUGCGUGUUACUCGUUUUGCGGGUGAUAACGCAGUAUACCGGAUGGCCAUGCGCCAGUUUAUAAAGACACAAGCCUACGUCGUUACGUUUUUCGGCUUACACAAAGAAAUGUAAAUCGGACGAAUGUGUUACGUAUUAAGUAACUGUGUGCGUAUCAAUAUUAUGAUUGUUUCUGCUUCAUGUUCGCAAUGUAAUCGAAAGCAGUCUCUAUAUACCAUAUUUAUGCGCAAAAAUACGAGGUACGAUCUGACAAUGAGCCGAAAAUAUAUAAGUACUUAAAAUCUGCAAAUAAGAAGCAUAAAAUUACCUUG